UGCUGCAAAAACUUCAGGAGUAAUAAAAUUUAUCGCACUUCUUUUGGGUUGUCGAGAGGUAAUUUUUACAAGAAUGCUACAAACAACGCAAAAAAUGCCCAUACUACAAGAGUUUUAACCACACAUGGGUCUCGCUAGGCACAAGCCGUACAAAUAAGUCUGUUUCGCCAUGGCUGCCCUUAAACGUGUUGCCAAAGAAGAGUCUUCAAAAGAUCGCCUCUUGUCGAUUUUCCAGAAGGAAGACCAACAGCGGGAGAAACUGAAGAAGAAAAAACCCCUCACCCCGUGCGACUACGACCUAUCAAAGAGGGUCUUCAGCUUCACCAACUUGCUGCAACCGUACGCGCUCCCCAAGGUACAGCAAUUUAAAUGCGGGUUCCCUUGCUCCAUGGGGAAAAAAGUGUAUUUUUUAUUGGACAACCCAUGGGUCAAGGAGAACCCGACGCCCGACGACAGCGCUCCCGGCUCGAAGCGCCUGUGCACUAGGUGCGACCGCCCCUUCUUCACCACCCAAGAAAACUACAUAACUGAGGAGGGCUGCAUAUAUCAUUAUGGUAAGAUAUAUGCAGCCCAAUACACCUGCUGUGGCCUCGUCCCCGGCUCGAUGGGCCGCACCACAUUCCGAGUCCACGUCUGGAGUGGCGUGGAACGCGGCGUCAACGGUCCCUUCACGUCGUUCGUCACCACCAGGAAGUCGACGUACCCCGACCGCAACAUCUACGCCCUGGACUGCGAGAUGUGUUACACAGUCGCAGGGCUAGAAGUUGCGAGGGUUAGCGUCGUCGGCUUCGAUGGGGUUGUUGUCUACGACACAUUCGUGAGACCUGCUCACAGUGUCGAACGCCAGGAAGUCGCAGGGCUAGAAAUUGCUAGGGUUAGCGUCGUCGGCUUCAAUGGGAUUGUUGUCUACGACACAUUGAACGGUGAUCGAUACAUCCCUGAUGAAGGAAGAGGGCACAGUAGCUGCGAGGACGCCCGCACAUCCCUGGACCUCGCUAAAGUCAAGCUGUGGAGCACGAUGGGGUCCUGA